AUGGAUUUCUUAGAAUAUACUGAUGUAAUUGCAGAAGUUAAAGGAGCUAUGACUCCUGGACGAUUAAAACUCACAGAUCAACAUUUGAUUUUCAAAAAUCAAAAGACAGGAAAAGUUGAACAAAUUUCAGCGACGGAUAUGGAAAUGGUAAAUUAUCAGAAGUUUAUUGGUACUUGGGGUCUUAGAAUAUUUCUCAAAAAUGGAACAUUACAUAGGUUUCGUGGAUUUAAAGAAGGUGAUCAAGAAAAAAUUGCAAAAUUCUUUACUCAAAACUAUAAAAAAGAUAUGCUAGAAAAAGAACUUAGUUUAAAAGGUUGGAAUUGGGGCACAGCUAGGUUUAAUGGUUCUGUAUUAAGUUUUGAUGUUGGUCAUCAUACUGCCUUUGAAAUUCCAUUGUAUGAUGUAUCGCAAUGUAACACUGGUAAAAAUGAAGUUACAUUGGAAUUUCAUCAGAAUGAUGAUGCUCCUGUAAGUUUAAUGGAAAUGAGAUUUCAUAUUCCGGUUAGUGAUAGUGCAGAUCAAGAUCCAGUAGAAGCAUUUCAUCAACAAGUUAUGGAAAAAGCAUCUGUUAUUAGUGUCAGUGGAGAUGCCAUUGCCAUAUUUAGAGAAAUUCAGUGUCUUACACCUCGUGGUCGUUAUGAUAUAAAAAUAUUUCAAUCAUUUUUUCAAUUACAUGGAAAAACUUUUGAUUACAAAAUUCCAAUGUCAACUGUUUUAAGGCUAUUCUUAUUACCACAUAAAGAUAAUAGACAAAUGUAUUUUGUGGUCAGUUUAGAUCCACCAAUUAAACAAGGUCAAACACGUUAUCAUUAUUUAGUAUUAUUAUUCAAUCAAGAAGAAGAAACUUCAAUUGAACUACCUUUUUCUGAAAAAGAACUAAAAGAAAAAUAUGAGGAUAAAUUACCAAAAGAGUUAUCUGGACCAACUUUUGAAGUUUUAGGAAAAGUAAUGAAAGUCAUUAUUAAUAGGAAACUUACUGGUCCUGGAAAUUUCAUUAGCCAUUCUGGAACACUUGCAAUUAGUUGUUCUUUUAAAGCAGCUGCAGGUUAUUUAUAUCCUUUAGAAAGAGGUUUCAUUUAUGUUCAUAAACCACCAAUUCAUAUUCGUUUUGAAGAAAUCGCAUCAGUUAAUUUUGCCCGUGGUGGAGGUUCUACUAGGUCAUUUGAUUUUGAAAUUGAAUUGACUAGUGGUGUUGUUCAUACAUUUAGUAGUAUUGAAAAAGAAGAAUAUGGGAAACUUUUUGAUUUUAUUACUUCCAAAAAAUUAAGAGUGAAGAAUAGAGGCAAGAGUGAUAAAUUAAAUUAUGAUAAUGAUUUUGGAGAUAGCGAUCAAGAAGAUGAACCAGAUGCUUAUUUAGCAAGAGUUAAAGCUGAAGCAGAAGAAAGAGAUGCAGAAGAAAAUCAAGAUUCUGAAGAGGAAUCUACCGAUGAAGAUUUCAAUCCUAAUCAAGAUGAGAGUGAUGUAGCAGAAGAAUAUGAUAGUAAUCCAAAUAGUUCAGAAAGUGAAAAUGAUUCAGAUGUUUCUGGAAAAAGUCAAAAAAAAGAAAAAAAGGAAAAAAAAGAAAAGAAAUCAAAAUCCGCUAAAACUGUGUCAGAAAAACCAAGGAAACCUCGAAAACAAAAAAAAGAAAAGGAUACAAAUAAACCAAAGAGACCCCCAACUGCAUUUAUGAUGUGGUUAAACAGUGCUCGGGAAAGAAUUAAAGCUGAAAAUCCUGGAAUUGCAGUUACAGAAAUUGCAAAAAAGGGUGGAGAAAUGUGGAGAGAACUUAAAGAUAAAUCUGAAUGGGAACAAAAAGCAGCAAAGGCAAAAAAAGACUAUUCUGCAUCAAUGAAAGAAUAUGAAGCUAGUGGAGGUCAAAAAGAUAAAAAAGAAAAAGGAGAAAAGAAAAAAAAAGAAAACAAAAAAGAAUCUCCUAACAAGCUUAUGUCAGGAACCAGUUUUAAAAGUAAAGAGUAUAUUAGUGAUGAUGAGAGCAGUAGCGAUGAAGACAAUAAGAAAUCAGAAAAAAAAGGAUCGGAUGAAGAUAGUGAGAAAGAAAAAAAAAAAGGAGAUAAACGUACUGCGGAAGAUGAUGAUAAAAAAGUAAAGAAAGGAAAGAAAGAACAAUCUGAUGAAGGUAGUGAUGAUGAACCUAUUGAAAGUACUCCACCUUCUAGCGAAGCAGAAUUUAAAGAUAGUGAUUAAUUAAUUAUAUUUUGUAAUUUUUCUUUUAAUUUUUUUCUUUCUCUUAUACAAGUAUGUAUUACUUAUAUUUUUAAAAAUAUUAAAAUGUGUUUUAAAAUAAUAUACUGAA